UUUUGCUUGUUUGUGUGAAGGAAGGCAUUUAAUGCUCUGUGGUGGCAGUGUUAUUUGAAACAGAAAAUAAACUGAGGUAGCUUGCUUGCGGCGCUAGGUUCCCAUCAUCAUGAUCGGACUCCCCAUCGGCUGCAUUGUCACUCUACUCUGGCUCACAGACCCUUCCCUGUGCAGCAAGGUUUCCCAAAGCCCUGCUCACCUGGCCCAACAGGUGGGAGAAUCCGCUCAGCUUCAGUGCUCACACAGAAUUGCGGGAUACGAUCGUCUUCUCUGGUACCUGCAGUCUGGAAAUGGAGUUUUCACGUUCCUUGGGUAUAUGAAUUUGAACUUUGGGUACCCAGAGGAUCAGUAUAAAGGAAAAUUUUCACUCCAAGGUCAGUUGGUCAGAGGCGGUGUUCAACAGUACCCCUCAUCCCUUCUCCAACGGUCCGGAGAGCCCGCUACUCUCCACUGCUCACACAACAUCUCCAGCUACAACAUGAUACUCUGGUACCGCCAGCCCAGGGGAGCUGGGGCUCUGGAGCUCCUCGGAUAUCUUCACCACGACAACAAGAACGUGGAGCCCCCGAUGGAGACAAGACUCAAACUCGAAGGAGAUGGAAAAAAGUCAGGAACCAUGACGAUCUCCAGCGUCACGUCAGCGGACGGCGAUGCGGUGUACUUCUGCGCAGCCAGUCACAGGGACAACAACAGGGAAGCUUAUUUUGGAGAUGGCACAAAACUGACGGUUUUGGAACCAGGUGUCAACAUCACAAGACCCAAGGUGAAGGUUCUGCCGCCCUCCAUUCGGGAAGGCUGUGUGAAGAAGAAGACGAACCGGACCCUGGUGUGCGUGGCCACGGGCUUCUACCCCGACCACAUCACCGUGUCCUGGAAGGUGAACGGGGUGAGCGUCACCAGCGGGGUCCGGACGGACGACACCGCGCUCCGCAAUAAGGACAAUAGGUUCUACAGCAUCACCAGCAGGCUGAGGGUCUCGUACAGGAAGUGGUUUGACACCAGGAGCACCUUCACCUGCCUCACCAGCUUCUACGAUGGCAGCGAUUACCAGGAAGAUAAAGACUCCAUUAAAGGAGUCAACGGUGGUGGUAUGGAUCGAGAAUACCUCCUGAAAUCGGGCCUGACUGCAAAGCUGUCUUACAGUGUCUUCAUCGCAAAGAGCUUCCUGUACGGACUCUUCAUCAGUGCAGUGGUCUGGAAGAUCCGGAGCUCAGUGGCUAAGCGCUACGAAUGAGCGGAGCUACCUUCAGGCGCUCUUGUUGCUGGUGAACGGACACAUUUGGAGCUGCAUUCUUCGGCUAUUAAUAAGCUGCACAUAAUUACAGCCUUUUUUGCCCUCUCACUGGGGGGUUUUGUUUCCUUUCAUGCUCAUUCUAACCUUGUAUUAUUUGUACUUCAGGACAUUCUGCCUGCAUAUCUCUUUCAAUGCCUGUGGUUUAGUGACAAUGUGAUUUGCUUUGGUUCUGCUAAAUUCUUUUAAAAUUUUUAUUAUAUAUAUAUAUAUUUUUUUUUUUUUUAUAUUGAGCUUUUCCCCAUAUAACCUUUUUAUAUGUAACUCAAAGCAAAUUGUUGUUCAACGGUCGCUAAGUGUGUAUUUACCGGUGAAUAUUCAUGUUUAUGAUCUAUUAAAACUGUUCUUUUGCAAACAUAA